AUGGCUCCAAUUACCGCGGCCGCAGGCGCCACAAUCAAUGACUCUGGGCUUCGAACCUGGAGUCUAGAAGCCUUGGUGUCAUGGCAACGUUUACAGGGCUGGCGAUGUAGGGAGUGA